GAAGAGCCAAGGAUCAACGAAAAGAAAGAUGGAUCCAGACGCAGUUGCCAAGGCUUUCGUGGAGCACUACUACUCCACCUUCGAUGCAAAUCGUCCAGGUUUGGUUUCUCUGUACCAAGAAGGAUCCAUGUUGACCUUCGAAGGCCAGGAGAUCCAGGGCUCUCAGAACAUCGUCGCUAAGCUCACCAGCCUCCCUUUCCAGCAGUGCAAGCACAACAUCACCACCGUCGAUUGUCAGCCUUCUGGUCCCGCCGGCGGUAUGCUCGUCUUUGUCUCCGGCAAUCUUCAGCUCGCUGGUGAACAACACGCUCUCAAGUUCAGCCAGAUGUUCCAUUUGAUAUCGAAUCAGGGAAACUACUACGUGUUCAAUGAUAUAUUCAGGUUGAACUAUGCCUGAGGAAUGCAGUGCCAGGGGUAUAUGAACCAUUUAUUGGAAGCCGAAAAGAGAGUGGUGGAAGUUUGGGACUAUUCAAGAACUGUUUGAGUUGGUUUUAGAUUUGGAACAUGAAGUUUGUUUCAGGUGGUAUGCUGUCUGUUUUUAUUUUAAUCAAUGGAGCUAUUUGUUACUUUGGUUGAGAUGACUCCUUUUGUUUUCGGGCAUUGAACAAUGAAUGAUUCAGUAAGGG